GAAAGGAGGGAGGUGAGGUGGUGGGGUGAGGAGAUUGAAUUGUGACUUUGUGAGUGCGUUUAAUGCAAGGAAAUCUGUCGUUUAAGGAAAUGAAAGAUGGAGCCCUUGCACCAAAUAAGCCAAACCAAAUGAGAGUAAGUUUUUGAGAGAGAGAGAGAGAGUCUGCUUUGUGGGUUUAAGGAAGAAGAAGACAUGCACAAUUCAGAGCUUACAACAAAACCCAUUUCUUAAUUCCAAUCACUUUACCAUAUUAUCCCAAAGCAUUGUCGCAGUUUGCAUUCCUGGUUGCUGAUGAGUGGACAAUUGAAGUAAAAGUUCAGGUUUUUCUCUUUUAACAUAUUUGAAGAUCUAUAAAGUUUCAACGCCACAAUUUGUAGACAACCUGAAUCAUUGUUUUAGACAAUGCAGAAUUUGUAUAAGCAAAACUCUGAUAUUGGUUCUGCACAUUCGACAUUUCCAUUCAUUGUUGGAUCAUCAUCAUGGGAGAAUUCUACUGAAACACAUGUCCAACAGUCUACCUCCAAAAGUUUAAUCUUCAAGAUGGGCGCGCCUCUACAAAAUUGUCAUAACAGAAAGCAAUCUGGAAUUCACUUUCAAGAUCAAGAUUCGUCGUCAACUCAAUCAACUGGUCAAUCUCAUUCUGAAGUGGAUAGUAUGAAAGAAGGCAACCCAUGUGGGGAAGGCAUAGUUUCAGCACAAUCAGGAUAUAAUGAAAGACAAGGGAAGCCUGUUGGUGGUCACCUGAAAUCACUCUCGUCAGUGGCAAGUCAGGGCUUUGUCUUCCCGUCACAACUUGAUUUUUGCCACCCAAUGGGUCACAUUCCAUUCCACUAUGCUGAACCAUACUUUGGUAGCUUACUUGCUGCUGCUUGUGGGCCACAAGCUACGAUUCAUCAUCCCCAGGUGAUGGGGAUUACUCCUGCUAGGGUUCCCUUGCCUCUUGAUCUUACAGAAGAUGAACCCAUUUAUGUAAAUGCAAAACAGUAUCGUGCAAUCCUAAGGAGGAGACAAUAUCGUGCCAAGCUUGAAGCUCAGAACAAACUCGUCAAAAUUCGUAAGCCCUAUCUUCACGAAUCUCGGCAUGUUCAUGCAUUAAAGAGGGCUAGAGGAUCUGGUGGGCGCUUUCUCAACAUGAAGAAGGUCCAAGAUUCCAAGCCUAAUACCACAAACAGAGUGGAUGUUUCAGGCUCAGCUCAGCUACAUUUGACCAGAAAUAUGUCCGAAUCCGAAGUUCUUGAGCCUGACAACUAUAGAGAUGGUGCUUCUACUACUUCUUGCUCUGAAGUCACAAGCACUUCCAACAGUGAUAAUAUCUUUCCACGGCAAGAUUUCAGGUUCUCUGGCUACCCCUCUCACAUUGGUGGGACCAUGCAAGUUCCCUUUGUUGAUGUGCGUGGUGGUGGGAACCAGCACCAUAUUUCCCUCCUCCGGUGAACAAUCACCAUAGCAGUCAGUGUUCAGUGUUCUGUUGGAGAAUACGACUGCUAUGUUCCCUCGGGAAGUCAUCCUUGGCUCUGUUAAAGUUCCUUUCUAUUGUUCCUUCGGGAAGUCAUCCUUGGCUCUGUUGAAGUUUCCUUUCGAAUUCCCAUGGGAAGUCAUCCUCGGCUCAGUUAUGUUUCAAAUUCCCUCGGGAAGUCAUUCUCGGCUCCAGUUACAUUUCGAAUUCCUUUGGGAAGUCAUCCUCGGCUCUGUUGAAGUUUCACUUUUCUAGUUGUUAACCUUUAUAUUUAGUUUUUGGGCAAACACAAGCAUUCCUGAUGAACUAUGGUUAACUGAUAGAUGGUGACAAGAACAUAAUUACUCUUGGGUGUGAUAAAUAAUCUGCGUAUUUGUGCAGACAAUUGACCUUGGAUUUAAAAGUUUCAGUAAGUGAUGAAAAAUUAUGUUUGUGCAGAAAA